AUGCCUUUAGGUGAUGUGAAAUUAAAUUCAGAUCUAAGGAAUGUAAGAUGCCCACUAUGUCAUAAACCAGAAUUGUAUUAUAAUGAUUUAAUAUGUUCCAAUUGUAAUAAUAAUGAGCUAGAAUUGAUACGAAAUUCAUGCAUCGAAAACGAUUCGAUUAACGACAUUGCAAGAAACAAGAUAAAUACAAUAUUUUCCACCUGCCAGGACGUUAAGGACUUGAAAGGCAUAGAGCUACCUCCAGAAAUAUCUAAUGAGACGCCUCAACCGUCCAUUAAUGCAAUGAAAAGUUUAGCAUUGCAGCUAAUAAAGCUAGACAUUUUGAAUACGAAUUUAAAGAUAAAGAACAUAGAUAAAACCCAAGAAUUAUUAGACGCAAGGACAAAUGAGCUAAAAAAUAAUAUACAAAUAAUUCAAACUAAGCUUGACACGAAACAGGAAAGAUUGGAUUCAACCUGUUCAAAACUAUUUAAUAAUUUCGAGGAAACAAAUGAUAGCCUAAAUGCAAAAAUACAAGAGUAUAAAUUUGAAAAGAUUAACCAGAUUAAAAAACAAUCUAUUCAGCUUCAAUACAACAAUUAUAAAAUAUUGAAAGAGAUGAUAUUUACUUCAAAUAAUUCAAAGUCAGCAAAUUUAAAUUACAUAACUAAGCUCAAAGCAAGUAGUUCUAGAAACUUAUUAUUUCAUAACAGGUCUAUUUUAAAUAUUAACGAGUUCUUCAGUUGCAAUAAUAAGUUACCGCAAAUAAAUGAGUUUUUAGAGAAUUUGAUUAAGUUGCAAGUCCAUUUGCAAGACAUUUUUAACAUGGAUUCCUUUCUGUUGCCUUAUUUAGAAGAAUUAAUUGGGUAUUUACCAGAUUCAAAGUUUUAUGACAUGAUACAAGAAAAGGAAAACUUUAUGAUAAAUGGUGGCAAACUAAGCUCAGAUGAAAUAGAAGAUGCAGAGGAAGAGAAAAAUUCAACUGUCCAAGAAAUGAAGGCUGACAACGAGAGAGUUAUAAAACUUGGUAAUACGAUCAAAUUACCAUUAUCUUCGAAAACUAUUAAUAGUCAAUUGAGAAGGGCGUCAUUAAAUAAAGAAGACGCUUCUUCUUCAUCUAAACCGAACGAAGUUGAAAAGAUAACCCCUAAAAAAGCACCAUCCCCAAUAAGAAGUACAUUGAGUGGGAAGAAAAUGAUUAUAUUACCGCACAAGAUUCUCACUAAACCAUUUACCAAGUUGACUGCUAAAGAAUACUUAAAGUUUUUACUGAUAAUUGUAAAGAUACUAUUUAAUUUUAAGACAUUUUUUUAUUUUACAAUUGAUUCUAUUCCAAAUUUACGCAAACAGUCUUCCAUGUUGUCGAACACAAUGAACCCAUUUAGAAACAACCUGGAAGACAGAAACUUUCUGUCUAGUUUUGAAAAAAUAUUGGAAAAAGUUGCUUCAAUGGACAGGUAUUUUUCACACAAACUAAGUCGGAUACAGAAUGCAAAAUCAUCUGAUGAAAAGUACGACAUGUCGUCCAGUAAUUUACUGUCAUCUAACGCCGGUACAUUUAAAUCGUUCAAUACCCACUCCACCUCGACUUCGAAUGCUAAUUACGAUUUCCGUACUCCUAGCUCGAAUCCAAACUCAACUCACUCGUUGAAUAGUAGUGCAGUAGUUACCCAGAGAAAUGGAAAAGUUAAACAGUUUUAUUCGAAACAAAAACCAAAUGACCAUGAAAUUUAUGGUAAUUUCAGUGAAUCAAAAGACAAUAUGGGUCUGCCUGUGUAUAGUUAUGAUGCUGAUAAUGAUUUAAUGAAUGAGUCCGAAUUAAAAACUAUCAUGCAAGAUGUCUAUAAAUUAAUGGCUAGUGGAACUUCACGCCUGAGAAACCUGGAAUUAAACGAUAAAUCUAAGAAUCUUGAUUUCAAUGCUAUAAACAUGAUAGCUCAAUCAAAAGUACAAUUGGACGAAUGGGAUGUAGUAAGUAAAAUGUAUUGA